UCUCGAUUUCAUCCCCUUCCUUGCUCAUUGCGCCAAGACAAUGUUGCUUCCGAUUCCGAUUUGCUUCCCAAGGAGUCCCGGAGCGGAGAUAUCGACGGGGAGGUUACGGAUUCAGCAGAUAGUAGAUUGGUUUUGGAUACGGAGGUUACGGAAUUAGAGACGAGCGAUAGAAUCUUUGGUGGCGAAGGGACGAGUGAAGCCAGCCUUGCGGCUGAAACGAAAAGUGGUGGAGGAGAAGAAGCGGAGGUUAGCACUAAUAGAGUGACGGAGGGAGAUAAGAAGAAGAGCAAGUUUCCGAUUGUGGUGUUGCUGAUGGGGCUGUGGGCAGCUAUAAAGAGAGCUAUGGAGAAGGUAACGGAAUGGGAGUGGCUAAGCUGGUGGCCUUUCUCCCGGCAGGAGAAGCGUCUCGAGAAACUCAUCGCCGAGGCUGACGCCAAUCCAAAGGACGCGGCUUUGCAGGGAGCUUUAUUGGCUGAGCUCAAUAAGCACAUCCCUGAGGCUGUUGUUCAACGGUUCGAGCAAAGGGAACACGCAGUGGACAGCAGAGGAGUCGCUGAAUAUAUUCGAGCUCUCGUCGUUACGAAUGCUAUUGCGGAGUAUCUUCCUGACGAACAAACCGGGAAGCCAUCUAGUCUUCCCACACUGCUUCAAGAGCUAAAGCAUCGUGCAUCAGGCAAUAUGGACGAAUCAUUUGUGAACCCUGGUAUAUCUGAGAGGCAGCCGUUGCAUGUUACCAUGGUUAAUCCUAAAGCUUCAAACAAAUCAAGAUUUGCGCAAGAGCUUGUCUCUACGAUCUUGUUCACAGUUGCGGUGGGAUUAGUGUGGUUAAUGGGUGCAGCUGCUCUGCAAAAGUAUAUUGGAAGCCUGGGAGGAAUUGGAACUUCGGGUGUUGGUUCAAGUUCUUCAUAUUCACCAAAAGAGAUGAACAAAGAAAUAACGCCAGAAAAGAAUGUCAAAACUUUUAAGGACGUAAAGGGUUGUGAUGAUGCAAAACAAGAGCUCGAGGAGGUGGUAGAAUAUCUAAAAAAUCCAUCAAAGUUUACCCGCCUUGGAGGAAAGUUGCCAAAGGUACUAAGCUCUUUAUACAUCGUUAUCAUAUAUUCUUGGUUGCAUGUUACUUGGCACUUGGCAAUAGCUGGAGAAGCUGGAGUACCCUUCUUUUAUAGAGCUGGAUCUGAAUUUGAAGAGAUGUUUGUUGGAGUAGGAGCUCGGCGAGUGAGAUCCUUGUUUCAGGCAGCUAAGAAAAAGGCGCCCUGUAUCAUUUUCAUUGAUGAAAUUGAUGCUGUUGGGUCCACUAGAAAACAAUGGGAAGGGCAUACAAAGAAGACAUUGCAUCAACUACUUGUUGAAAUGGACGGUUUUGAGCAGAAUGAGGGAAUAAUAGUUAUGGCUGCAACAAACUUGGCUGAUAUACUUGAUCCAGCCCUGACAAGACCGGGUAGAUUCGAUAGGCAUAUUGUCGUCCCCAGUCCGGAUGUCCGUGGACGCCAAGAGAUUUUAGAACUCUACCUCCAAGGCAAACCUAUGUCAGAUGAUGUUGAUGUUAAAGCAAUUGCUCGUGGAACUCCUGGAUUCAAUGGUGCUGAUCUUGCAAACCUUGUAAAUAUUGCUGCCAUAAAGGCAGCUGUUGACGGGGCUGAGAAGCUAUCUUCGAAACAGUUGGAAUUCGCAAAAGACCGAAUAGUUAUGGGCACAGAGAGGAAGACGAUGUUCGUAUCAGAGGACUCCAAAAAGCUCACUGCAUACCAUGAGAGUGGUCAUGCUAUUGUCGCUUUGAACACGGGAGGUGCGCACCCGAUCCACAAAGCGACUAUAAUGCCACGUGGAUCUGCGUUGGGAAUGGUUACGCAGUUACCUUCAAACGAUGAAACAUCAGUGAGCAAGAAACAGUUGUUAGCUCGUCUUGAUGUAUGUAUGGGAGGAAGAGUCGCAGAGGAGCUCAUCUUUGGCCAAGACCAUAUCACCACUGGAGCUAGUAGCGAUCUGUCGCAGGCCACAGAACUUGCACAAUAUAUGGUAUCGAGUUGUGGAAUGAGUGAGGCAAUAGGACCAGUUCAUAUAAAAGAAAGACCAAGCUCUGAAAUGCAAUCACGUAUCGAUGCAGAGGUGGUGAAACUUCUCCGAGAGGCAUAUGAGCGAGUCAAGUCUCUCUUGAAACGGCAUGAGAAGCAGCUACACACGUUAGCAAACGCACUUCUAGAGUAUGAAACGCUAACCGCAGAUGACAUAAAGCGUAUUCUCCUUCCGAAACAAGAAGGAGAGAAGUUACAGGAGCAACAACAAGAAGAAGGAGACUUGGUAUUGGCCUAA